AUCAGAAAAGACAGUUCACAUGGGAGAACUCAGAAAGAAGAAAACUGUACCCAUCUUUUGUCACCUUCAAUCUUUCCAUCUUCUUCUUCAAGAGCAACAUUCACUCUUCAAUCAAUCCUUCUACUUUCUUCUUCCAUGGGUAAGGUAGACUACUAACACAUGCAAUAAUUUAACCAUUUCUUUUAUUCUCUUUCAAACCCUUUGCAUAUUUUUCAUCUUUGUCAAAUUUCUUCGUCUAUAUUUCCUUUGGUUUUUGCUCUCUCCAUACAAAAGUAUGAGGAGUAUUGCAACUUGUUAUAAUGAACAUGCCAUUAAAGUAUCCGAUUCAUAUUGUUCCGGCCCUUCAAACCGAUCCUAUCUUUCUCCAAACUUGAUCCCUUCAACCCCAAAUUCAGUUUCUUGUAUUUACAAAACCCAACUCUCUUCUGAAAAACACCUCCUCAUAACAUUAAGUUGGUGCAAUAAAUUAUUAGGCCAUGGUCUCAGUAUUAACGUCUGUGACAACACACGUCAUCCCUCCAAAUUCAAUGUUAAUUCUCACCAGUUGAGUCAUAACAAAGGCAGCAAAAUUUUCGAAUCUUGCAAUUCAAAGGUUGAAGUUUUCUGGGAUGUUUCCAAUGCUCAGUAUGAGAAUGGACCUGAACCGAGCCAUGAGUUUUAUGUAAUCGUUUUGGUUGAUUCUGAACUUGGUCUAAUCCUUGGAGACAUGAAUGAAGAACAAGAGGAACUCAACGUUAAAAAUCUGAAAUCAAAAUACCCAGUUAGGAAAUUCUCAUUAGUUUCAAGAUUCGAGAGGUUUUCGGGUUCGACUGUGUAUUCAACAAAGGCGAAGUUUUGUGAUUCGGGAAACGCUCAUGAAAUUUUGAUAAAGUGUAUGGGAGAAAAGGAAGGAUCAAGAAAUAAUCCAGUUCUAUCAGUGAGUAUUGAUGAGAAGAAAAUAUUUCAAGUGAAGAGAUUGAGGUGGAAUUUCAGAGGAAACCAGACGAUAUUUUUGGAUGAUUUGUUGGUGGACAUGAUGUGGGAUGUCCAUGACUGGUUUUUUAAAGAAGGAAAUUCAGGUUGUGCUAUUUUCUUGUUCAGAACAAGGAGUGGAUUGGAUAGCAGGUUGUGGUUGGAAGAGAAGAAUUUAAAGCAAAAGGGAAAAGAAUGGGUUGAUGAGCAAUUCUCUUUGUUGAUUUGUGCCUGUAAGAAUCAAUACUAAUUACACUUUUCUUCUAAUUUUUUUUUUU